ACCCACCCCACAACGCGUACGAAGGAUGACUCCAUUCCAUUGCAUUCUCCCCACCAGAUACUCCUCCACACUCGCUUUGAGCAGCUGGCCGGCCGCGCGCGCGCAUGGGGAAGUCGACGUCGUGGACCGCGCUGUUCGGCUGCUUCAGCUCCUCUCACAGCGGCGGCGCUGGCGACGUCUCCGGCUCCAAGAACGCCUCCAAGGUGGCCUCCCGGCCUCCCGCGCCGGCGCCGCUGCCGCUGCCGUCGCCGGAGGACCUGUCGCUGUCGCUGGCGGGGUUGUCCCACGUGGUGGCGUUCACGGUGGAGGAGCUCCGGGCGGCGACGCGGGACUUCUCGAUGAGCAACUUCGUCGGCGAGGGCGGGUUCGGGCCCGUGUACAAGGGCCGCGUCGACGAGCGGAUCAGGCCCGGCGUGCGGCAGGCGCAGGCCGUCGCCGUCAAGCUGCUCGACCUCGAGGGCUCCCAGGGCCACAAGGAGUGGCUGGCUGAAGUCAUUUUCCUUGGGCAAUUGAGGCAUCCACACCUUGUCAAACUGAUCGGCUAUUGCUGCGAGGAUGAGCACCGGCUGCUUGUGUACGAGUUCAUGGUGAGGGGCAGCUUGGAGAAGCAUCUCUUCAAAAAGUAUUCUGCUUCCCUACCAUGGUCGGCACGAUUGAAGAUCGCCAUUGGAGCCGCCAAAGGUUUGGCCUUUCUCCACGAAGCCGCGAAACCCGUCAUCUACCGCGACUUCAAGACCUCCAACAUCCUGCUGGACUCGGACUACACGGCAAAGCUGUCCGAUUUCGGAUUAGCCAAGGAUGGACCUGGAGAAGACGAGACUCAUGUCUCCACCCGAGUAAUGGGCACGCAGGGCUACGCCGCACCUGAGUAUAUCAUGACGGGGCAUCUAACGACAAAGAGUGACGUGUACAGUUUUGGCGUUGUCCUACUGGAGCUGUUAACAGGGCGGAAGGCGGUGGACAAGAACAGGCCGCCGCGAGAGCAGAAUCUGGUGGAAUGGGGGCGGCCGUGCCUCCACGACUCUCGCCGGCUCGACCGUGUCAUGGACCGGAGCCUGAACGGGCAGUACUCUACUCGAGCUGCCCAGAAGGCCGCAGCAGUAGCUUACCAGUGCUUGAGUGUGAGCCCCAAAUCCCGGCCCCAAAUGUCAGCCGUGGUAGAGGCCCUGGAGCCAUUGCUUGCUCUGGAUGACGGCGUUGUAGAGCCAUUUGUGUACACUGCGCCGCCGGAGAACAAGUGAUCGGUGAUGCGUAAGAGCAGAGAAUGCUCUGCAAAAAUGAGUGCAGUUUUCAACGUCAAGCAUGCACCUGAUCACCCCCUAGAGCAUGGAAAUUAAGGAGCCAAUGCGCAGGUUUAUUGCAGUGAAUGUAUGGAGUUUUUCUCCGGGGAAUUUGCAUCCAUACCAUCAUUUUAGACAUUUUUCAUCUGUACCAUCAGCUGUUUUAAUGACACGAGCUGGUAGUAUAGAUGAAAAGUGCAUCUAAAAUAGUGGUAUAGAUGAACUUAUUUUUUUCCUUUCAUGCCCACGGUUCGUGUUUAAAAGUUGUUGGGUUUCAUUAAUAUAAACCAAAGAAAUCAUAACGA